GUACAAUCGACAUCGCUUAUCGUUCACUUGCCAGUGAUUGUGGUAGGCCGGCAUGACUACGACACCUACAAAGAUGCCAUUGAACGGCUCAAAGACACAGCGUUUGAAAUUGGUGUGAUCAGUUUGGAAUCGGAGAGUGAUCUUGACGUGGCUCGUGCGCUUAUUCAGAAGCUUCUCGACGAUCAUCCCUGUUUGCCGUACGAACCAGGAAAAGAAUGGCGAUUCUUGGAUUACGUCACGAACGCUGAAGAAGGCACGUUUCGAGUGUCACGAGCUCAAGAACGAGUCCAAUCCGUCUCAGACAUAUGCAAUCCUGACGAAUGUCUUCUGAUCCUCGACGACGCCUUUCCCUCGAUCACCACCAGAUCUGCGGCCAUCGGCAGUGACUUGGUCUUCGCUCCUCCAGUUGGUGCACCCCAACCGCCACAUUCGAUGAUGCAGCGACGUAUCAGUGAAACACUGCGAAUCGUGCUGAGCAGCGAAGCGCAGGAGACUCAUCUCUGA